UGACUUUAGAUUCUAGUGACCAUGAGACCGCUUACUGAGGAAGAAACCAAGGUGGUGUUUGAGAAGCUCGCCAACUACAUUGGAAGAAACAUUUCGUUUCUCAUUGACAAUCCUUCCAAUCCUCAUGUAUUCAGACUCCAAAAGGAUAGAGUGUAUUACGUUUCUGAACACAUAGCUAAAUUUGCCACUUCAGUUUCAAGACAGCAGUUGAUGUCCCUUGGAACUUGUUUUGGGAAAUUCACCAAGACAGGAAAGUUCCGCUUGCAUAUCACUGCUUUGCCUUAUAUGGCUCAGUAUGCUAAGUUCAAGGUCUGGAUCAAGCAGAAUGGUGAGAUGCCAUUUUUGUACGGUAACCAUGUCUUGAAGGCUCAUAUUGGUAGAAUGUCGGAAGAUAUUCCCGAACACGCUGGGGUCGUCGUUCUUUCCAUGCACGAUGUUCCUUUAGGUUUUGGUGUAUCUGCCAAGACGACUAAUGAAGCCAGAAACCUCCAGCCUACAGGGAUUGUAGCAUUCAGACAGGGUGAUAUUGGUGAAUACUUAAGAGAAGAAGACACCUUGUUCACAUAGUUAUUGCUACAAGAGAAUGAUUUGGAGAGAAGCUUAGAAGUUGAGAUAAGAUAAGAAGAAGACAAAAUACCAGAGAAGCAAAUUCUCUCAGAGUUGACGACAGCUGCCGACCAGAGCAGCGGUAUGUAGCAUACACAGAUGAAGCGUAGUCAUUACAUUGCAUUAUAUAAUUGUACUUUAGAGUCUAACGAUAUUGAUAUUG